UGUGCAUAAAGCCCACUUCCUGCUCUAAGCACAACUCUUCACAUUGGGCCAACCCCUCAGCACUGCUUAACCCCACCCAUGCCUACUCAGAACCAUGUAUGACAGACAUGACAAACAGGACACACAAUGCACAGACACAAGCAUGUGCUGUGUUAGUUUAAAUGCCAUGGUGGUUUAGCAAACAUAAUACCUCAAUCUACCAUGAAUUUGCCCUGCAGGUGGGAGAUACUCUUUAUUGGCUUGUGGAUACAAAUGGGCUCAGUGCCUGAGAUACAUUGCAAGGAUGGACCUGUCAAUCAUCUGUCAAGGGAAGAUGUUUUCCUCUUGAAGGAUGAACAGGAUCCUAAAUGUUUCACCCGGACGGAAGAGGAUUUCACCUGUUUCUUUGAGACUGCAGACAACGGGACUUACGAUUUACUUUACAAUUUUUACAGAGAGAAAAUGUGUGAAAUGUCUGUCCAGAGAACAGAAGAGGGAACUUUCCUCCACAUCUGCUCAUUUCCUACAUCAGAUGUGUCCUUGUUUGUGGCUAUACACCUUGAAGUUGUUGAGCCCAAAACCAACACUGUCCUCUACAAUCGGACUGUCUCUGUGGAGGACCACGUUCUCCUGGAUCCCCCCUACAGUGUGUCUUUACACCAAAAUGGCCAAGCAGGACAGCUGCAGGUUUCAUGGUACACAAAUGUUUCAAAAUACUGGAAAGAUUAUAUGAUGUACAGAAUUCGAUACUUUUCCAAAAGGCUGGGAGAGAUGAUAAAAGAGGCGAAGGUGGGCGACAUACUAGACUCCCUGGAACCAGGGGAGGAGGUUGAGGUCAGGGUAGCUGUGAAAUAUGCCUUAAAUCCAAAUGCAGGACACUGGAGCAGCUGGUCACACCCCGUGCGAGCCGUGGUCCCCCAAAGUGCAGGUGACAUUUUACUAGAGUGCUACACAUCGGAUCUUCAAAAUAUCAGUUGUCAGUGGAAUGGAAACAGAUAUAGUAAAGAGAAUGAGUACAAACUUUUCCACAAAAUGGGUUUAAGUGAAGCUUUGGGCUGGACAGAAUGGACCGAGUGUCUCGCUGACAGGGACUUGACUGAACUGUGUCGUUUCCGGGGAGACACGUUCAGAAAAGUCAGGGUCAAGCUCACCGGCACUUCAACUCCACUUGGCAGAACCUUCUACACUCAAGAGUUCACUCUCAACAACAGCAUCAAAACUUCCCCACCAUGUCAUCUGAGAGGAGCACUGGAGAAAGACAAGUUCUGCUUGAAAUGGAAAGCUCCUCUUUUGUCUCUGUCGGCACACCUGCAGUAUGAAGUCAGCUACAAGACCAGAGGGGCUGAAUCGUGGAUGACGGUGUCCCUAAAGGGUCCUGAGACCGGCAGUUGUCUCGACGUUCCAGCAGGUAGCUCGUACUAUGUCAAAGUCAGAGCUAAACCUACUAGUUCCAUUUACUCAGGACACUGGAGUGACUGGUCCGAUGUGCUGACUGGUAACAACCCCACUGACAUAGACACGUUGCUCUGGGUGUGUAUCCCUGUCUCGAUGCUGAUAAUUGCCAUCAUCCUCAUCUGCUUAUUUCCAAAGUAUCUCAGUAAGCUCAAGCUGUAUGUUUGGCCGCCGGUGCCCAACCUUGACAAAGUCCUACAAGGUUUUCUGACAGAGAUCAACGGGCAGAGAUGGAAUCCUCCAAUAACCGCAAAGCAAUGCCCUGAAGAAAUUACUUCAUCUGUGAUGGAGAUCUUAUCUGAAGAUGAGGUUUCAGGAUUGGGGAAGCCAUCAGAGGGAUUCACCCAGCUCCUGUCACCAGAGAGACGCCACAGAGAACAGGUAGAUGGAAGCUGUGGGACUAAAGUCUUUCCAGACUAUGUUACUCUGAACAAAGACUGUGUCCUCCUUUGUCCAAAAGGAAACAAGUAUGUCUACAAGGAAGUUGGAGAGAAAGGAGGCCAGGGGGAGAGUAAUGCGCUCGUCCAAACAUGUCUUGGCUCCUGCACUGAUGGCUCAGCCUUAACCCCAUCCUGCUUAGGCAGUGACUUCCUGAAUCAUUCCUACUUGCCUCUGGCUGAGCCUGCAGACAGAUUCGACUCGAAGGUCCCCGUUGCAAGGGGGCAAGGCAACCUCUAUACUAAUUUCCCCUGUAUUUAAAUGUACAGUAUGACAAGUGUACUUUGUUUCCACUGGUGCAGAUUAGAUGUACACACUUUCUUGUUGAAAUAAGAACUCAAGGGUUAGUUCAACCUGUUUUUGAAUAUUAACAAAGACAUGUUUCCAUGUAUUCACAGUAUAAUGGGAGUUAGUUCUGAUCAUGGCAUUGUCUUUUUCAUCAUUUCUCUCAAUCUACUGUUCUUUUGAGCUGAAAUGCCACCACAUAUCUGUACAUAAACUACCUAGGUGGACAAAUCAGCAUUUGUAAACAAGAGUAUAACGUUUCUAUGACUGUUGAAAGAAAUUUGGGCAUCCUAUAUUAUUCAACGCUUUUAUGUUUGUAAUUGUAUAUAAUACUGCUGUGUCUUUAUAUGUCCACUAGAGGGAACGGUAGAUCACAAGAUAUUUUCUAACGAACAAUGUCAGAAAAAAGUGAAAGGA